GGAGGGUUUUUUUUAUAUUUUCAACUCAUUUUGUCAACUUUUUUUUUAAAUCAACGUAUAGCUUUUUUUUUGGACGAUCCAUAAAUCCUUCAAAAAUCACAACUAUAUAACUUUUUUUUUUUCGAAACUUUCAACAAAAAACUCAAAAAACAACAAUGGCUUACGAAGGUGGACGUGGUGGUUUCGGCGGUGAUCGUGGAGGCCGUGGUGGUUUCGGUGGUGGCCGUGGUGGAGGCCGUGGUGGUUUCGGUGGCGAUCGUGGAGGCCGUGGUGGAGGACGUGGUGGCUUCGGUGGCCGUGGUGGUGCCCGUGGUGGUGCUCGCGGUGGCUUCGGCGGUGGUGCCCGUGGUGGUGCCAAGGUCGUCGUUGAACCUCACAGACAUGCCGGUAUUUUCGUUGCCCGUGGUAAGGAAGAUCUUUUAGUCACCAAGAACCUUGUUCCCGGUGAGGCAGUAUAUGGUGAGAAGCGUAUCUCUAUUGAUGGACCUGAGGGAACCAAGAUUGAAUACCGUGUUUGGAAUCCUUUCAGAAGUAAGUUGGCCGCUGCUGUUUUAGGUGGUCUUGAUCACAUUCACAUUGCUCCUGGAAAGAAGGUUUUAUAUCUUGGUGCUGCUUCUGGUACCUCUGUUUCUCAUGUUGCUGAUAUUGUCGGUGCUGAAGGUGCUGUUUAUGCUGUCGAAUUCUCUCACCGUCCUGGUCGUGAUUUAAUCAACAUGGCCAAGAAGAGAACCAACGUUGUUCCUAUCAUUGAAGAUGCCCGUCAUCCCCAAAAGUACCGUAUGCUUGUUCCCAUGGUUGAUGUUAUCUUUGCUGAUGUUGCCCAACCCGAUCAAGCUCGUAUUAUUGCCUUGAACGCCCAUCAUUUCCUCAAGAACGAAGGUCACAUUGUCAUCUCUAUCAAGGCUUCUUGUAUUGAUUCUACUGUCGAUGCUGCUACUGUCUUUGCUCGUGAAGUCAAGAAGCUUCAAGAAGAGAGAAUUAAGCCUCAAGAACAAUUGACUCUUGAACCUUAUGAGAGAGAUCACGCUGUCGUUGUUGGUAAAUAUGUCCGUAACAAGUAAAUCUCUUCUUUCCAUUCUUCAUCCUUUUUAGACCUGUAAAUAAUGUUGGGAUUUAAAAAAAAAUUAAAAUUUUAUCUUAUUUUAAAUUCUUU